AUGUGUGAAAUGCAAGUGAUUGAAGGAGGAGAUUUAUUCUCUUAUUUGAAUUCAUCCACACAUUCUCCUACUGUGAGUAGUAUGUGUCAUUGUGUGAGUGUGAAUUUGAAUAUGGGAGCAGGAAUUGCCACUCUCUUCAAACAACGUUUUGGUCGAGUUCAAGAAUUGAAAGAUCAGAAAGCACAAAUUGGACAAGUGGCGACUCUUUAUUUGCAAGAGGAAAAUAUGUGUAUUUAUCUUGAGGCCAUGAAGAAACACAUGUUACAACAUGAUGUGAAUGAACUGGCAAUACCAUUGCUCGGAUGUGGACUUGAUCGAUUGGAAUGGGAGAAGGUACAACCCAUCAUUGUUGAACUGUUUAGUGACAUGCCUCAAUUUAAGAUUAUUGUUUACAAAUGGGAGAAGGGAAAUGAUGAAAUUAAAAAGAAUUCAAAGAAAAACAUUAAAAAGAAUGUACACAACACCGAGUAG